AGAUGAUCCGGAGAGACGUCGUCAUCCUUCUAGCGAGCUUGGCUGCUUCGGCAUCGGCAUGGUCACCAACUUUCAACCUUGCUUCUCCGAGCCGCCCCUUGAAGAGCAUCGCCAGACCAAGGGCUCGGUGCGGUGUGUUCUCCACUUCGAUGCAGCAGGCGCGCAAUGCAGCCGAGGCCCUCAAGUUGCUGGAGCAGAAGCGAAAGGCGAAGGCGAGGGCUGCCUUUGACUCCCGCUUUGAGGCCUACACCGUGACCAUGAAGAAGCCGAUGGGGUUAGUCUUUGAAGAGAACGACUCUCAGGCCAAGGGGAUCCUCGUCAAGAAGAUCGACAAGGCUAGCGCAGACCAGGCAAACCUUUUCAACCUCGAGAACAAGAUCUCUAUCCGUGAUUACUUGCUGCGUGUAAAUGGGGAGAGCUGCCUCGGAAAGUCCUUCGAUGAAGCCUUUGCCAUGAUCGCUGAGAACCCCGCCCAGGAACUUGAGCUGACGUUUGCGAGGGGAGGUGUGGAGGCUGUUUACAACCCUCGAGUCUGGUUCGACAUCGAGAUCGGAGGAGAGAAGGCUGGAAGAAUCAAGAUCGAGCUAAGAAAGGACGCUGCGCCCAAGACGGUUGAGAACUUCAGGAAGCUCUGCUCUGGGGAGGAGGGGUACGGCUACAAGGGCUGCACCUUCCACAGGGUGAUCCCAGGGUUCAUGUGCCAAGGAGGAGACUUCACGAAUGGGGAUGGCACGGGCGGACGAUCGAUCUAUGGCAAGACUUUUGCCGACGAGAACUUCGACCUCAAGCACGACAAAGCAGGAAUCCUGUCCAUGGCCAACGCUGGUCCCAACACCAACGGCUCUCAAUUCUUCAUCUGCACCGUCCCAACGCCCUUCCUGGACGGCAAGCACGUCGUCUUCGGCGAGGUCGAGGAUGGUAUGGAGGUAGUGAAAGCCAUCGAGGCUGUGGGAUCCUCCAGCGGCAAGACGGCUGCCAAGGUUGUGAUCGCGGACUGCGGCGUUGAGGUAACGAGGACCCUGUGGUAG